AUGAGCGGAGAAAACGGGAACAACGACGCUCCUAAGCCUCGCCACAUUGAGCUUGCCGCUGAAGCCACAACAGAGCGACUCAAAGAUGCUGAGGAUGGCGGCAGUCCCGUCUUGACGAAUGGCAAGGGCUGGGACGGCAAGCUGCGCGUCCCGGGUAGAGCCAGCCUUGCCAACCCAGAGGCCCUGUCAGAUCCCGAGUACUCUGACGAAGAGCAUGUCGUCGAGGGAGAGGAGAUACAGGCCGAUGAAGACCUUUUCGAUGACGAGGAUUCAGAUACAGACGAGCUCAUCUCCAUAAACUCCCGCAUACAGUCCAUUCCCAGCCUACGAAUCGAGCGCUUCAAGCAGGUCGCGCGGCUAUGCCUGAGACAGAACGGCAUCACACGUAUCGAGGGCCUGGAGCCUCUGGCAGAGACAUUAGUAGACCUUGACCUCUACGACAACCUCAUCGGCCACGUCCGCGGCCUCGAUCAUCUGACUAAGCUGACGAACCUCGACCUGAGCUUCAACAAGAUCAAGCACAUCAAGCACGUGAACCACCUGACGGAGUUGACGGACAUCUUCUUCGUUGCCAAUAAGAUCAGCACUAUCGAGAACCUGGAGGGACUGGACAAGCUCCGUAUGUUGGAGCUUGGCUCCAACAGGAUCCGCGAGAUACAGAACCUGGACACGCUGAAGAACUUAGAAGAACUCUGGCUAGCCAAGAACAAGAUCACCACGCUCCAGGGGCUGAGCGAGCUACCCAAGCUGAAGCUGCUCAGCAUCCAGUCGAACCGCAUCAGCGACCUCUCACCCCUCAAGGAGGUGCCGACACUAGAGGAGCUUUACAUAUCGCACAACCUCCUCGAAAAUGUCACUGGACUCGAGGACAACACAAACCUGCGGAUCCUCGAGAUAUCCAACAACCAGAUCGCCAGCUUGGUGGGUCUUGAACCGUUGAAGGAGCUGGAAGAGGUCUGGGCGAGCUACAACAAGCUUGCGGAUUUCAACGACAUCGAGAAGGCCCUGGGGGACAAGAAGAAGCUCGAGACGGUCUAUUUUGAGGGCAAUCCGCUUCAGACACGGGCUGAGGCGUUGUAUAGGAACAAGGUCCGGCUGGCGCUACCCGAGAUUCGCCAGAUCGACGCCACCUUCGUGAGAACUUAG